CAGCCGGCGGCCGCUCAGCCUCCGAACUGAGGGGCUUCUUGAAACUCGCAGGAACAAGUUGGCAGGAGGAGCAGGUCUGGCAGACAUUGACCCGAUGGCCAUCGACGAGUCUGUGGGGUUUGACAGCAUCGGAGGUUUAUCCGGUCACAUCUCAGCUCUGAAAGAAAUGGUCAUCUUCCCUCUUCUGUACCCAGAAGUUUUCGACAACUUCAAGAUUCAGCCUCCCAGAGGAUGUCUGUUUUACGGCCCUCCCGGGACGGGGAAAACGCUGGUCGCCCGGGCGCUGGCCAACGAGUGCAGCCAGGGCAACAGGAAGGUGGCCUUCUUCAUGAGGAAAGGAGCCGACUGCCUCAGCAAAUGGGUCGGAGAGUCGGAGCGGCAGCUGCGGCUGCUCUUUGAACAGGUGACCAUCCAGUAGAGCCUUCUCUGCUGC